UGUCAAAGUUAUCAUGGUGUUUAUACGUUAGUUAUCAGGUUUGUGGUGGUAAAUUAUCAUGCUAUUUCUAUUGGAAUUACCGGUGCUGCAAUGCACUGGUGUAGAACAUGCAAAAACAAAAGGAACAAAAAUGGUGAAACUUAUGUGCAUAGUUUUUAAAACCACACUAGUGAGGCCAUCGGUUCAGGAUUUCACUUGACUUGUCGCUGUUUAUUUUUUCAAUUGUGUUUUAAGAAAGGUAUAAGGAGUAUGUAACUUGUGUAUAAAUAACAAAGUCACUUAGCCUAAUUGGUUAUUAAGGAGCUGUUCGACAGUCCUCCAGCUCCCUGAAAUAUGAGAAUCUGCGGAGCUCCUUUUUUCCUGCUCCGUCAUUUUUAGCUAUAACUCCACCAACUUUUGAAGCGGACUUAGGGAGCGCGAGAGUCUCCGAACAAGCCCUAAGAAGGAAAUAAUAAGUUUGCCCGUUAUUAUUUCACGCGGGGAUUCAAGAGCGCAAGUUGCAUGCAUACUAUACUCAAUACUUGCAUCUUUGCCCUCAAAAACAAAUACUUGCAUCUUCCAUUCCAUGACCAGAGGCCAGCCGACCGUGCACGCCGUCGACGAGAGGGAGACACACAGGGCCUCUCCUUUUUACCGGGCCGUGGUGCACGCCGUUGACAGGAGGGCAGACGGCCAGACGGCGACCGGCAGUUGCGCCCGGAAAUCACGUUGCCACGGCUACUUUCUCCCCAAACCCCCCAACCACCUUCCCCCUCUCAUCCCAUCUCCGUUUCACGGUGCAUCCAUCGUACUACCACCACGGACAAGCGCACAUUCCCGUCCAGCCACUGCUUGAUUAAGGGUUGCUGCUCGGUACGAGGAAGAUGGUGCUGGCGGAGAGCAUUGGCAAGUACAGGGUCGGCCGGACCAUCGGCGAGGGCGCCUUCGCCAAGGUCCGGCUCGCCGUCGACGCCGAGACGGGCGGCUGCGUCGCGGUCAAGGUCAUCGACAGGAGCACGGUGCUCAGGAACAACCUCAUGUACCAGGUGAAGAGAGAGAUCGGCGCGAUGAGGCUUCUCAAUCACCCCAACAUAGUCAAGAUACACGAGGUGAUCGCGACAAAGACGAAGAUAUGUCUGGUGACGGAGUAUGUUCCGGGAGGGCAGCUCUCUGACAAGCUAAGUUACCUCAAGAGAUUGGACGAGAGGGAAGCAAAGAAGUACUUCUACCAGCUGAUUGAUGCUGUGGACUAUUGUCACCGGAGAGGCGUCUUUCACAGGGAUCUCAAGCCUGAAAACUUGUUGCUAGAUAAUCAGGGCAAUCUCAAGGUAUCUGAUUUUGGCCUCAGCGUGCUACGGAAGCCAGGGCAGUUGCUAUCCACAUCUUGCGGCUCUCCGUGCUACGUCGCUCCUGAGGUGAUUCAGCACAAGACUUACGAUGGGGCGGCCGCGGACAUCUGGUCAUGCGGCGUGAUCCUGUUUGAACUCCUUGCUGGUUAUCUGCCAUUCCAGGACUGCAGCUUGAUACACUUGUACAGAAGGAUAUCUCGAGCACAGUAUGCAUUACCGCAAUGGAUCACGCUGCCUCAGAAGAAGAUCAUCUUGAGGAUACUGGAUCCGUCUCCUAUAACGAGAGCGAAGAUAAAUGAUAUAUUCGAUGACGAGUGGUUCCAAGAGGGCUACAAUCCAUCAGUAAGGAGAACUGAGAGUGAUAAUGGUGAUGAUUGUGUUGAUCUUGAUGAGGCUGGCACAGAUAGUGAUGGCAGUCACAGCACAGAGGUAAGAGAAGCUGGGGGAGCGAAUCCAGAGCCUGAGCAGUUCAUCAACGCGUUCCGGUUGAUAGCGACGUGCAGAGAUCUCGACUUGUCAGGACUCUUCCAGGAGCAGAAAACAAAGCUCGGCUCGCCGCAUUCGGUGCAAGAAACACUGGAGAUAAUCACAGCUGCAGCCCAGGAUGUGAGCUUGUCAGCGAGGAGAAUGGGCAGCUCCAUGGUAAAGCUUCAGGACAUCAGAUUGCUCUCAAGAAGCAUGCUGGAUCUUACGCUCUCGGCCGAGGUGAUCCAGGUGACACCAGCACAUUGCGUUGUCGAAGUGUCCAAGUCCAGCGGUGAUCUGAGAGCAUACAAAGAGUUCUGCACAAGCCUGUCCAGAUUGCUGACCGGGCGGGUGCAGCAGAAUGGCAGCUCAUCAGAUUUGGAGACCAACCAACUCCCAACUCUUGAGUAAAGGAUGAUUAUUUCUGUCAAGAGAGCAAAACAGCCGAGGUAGCACAACCUGCUAACAGAGUUUCCAGCUACGCUGAGCAGUUGGUUCUCGAAGAUUGUAAUGCUGCCCUGGUUAAUCAAUAGAAUCUCCCUUUUCUGUCGCAAGAGAAAUAUGAGAUGUAAUUUCAACAACUGAAAUUCGAACCGGAGCAUCUAAUUUCACAAAAACUUUGUGGUAGAUAAUUACCAUUCCACUACAAAGGAUCAUUUUCUAUACUUUUGGUGACUCAUAGACAUUAUUGUAUCACUGCUUCCAUAACGGAAUGAAAUUUCUUUACAUGUAAA